AUGGGCUGGGGGUAUGGAGUCGUGGUUCGCUCGGCGCUAGAGUUAAAGUUCCGCGGGAGUUGCAGAUCGCUGCUCGGCUCCGCUGCGCUGCACUCGGGUUUUUUCCUCAUAGAGGAAAACGCGCGCAGCUGCAACAGCAGCAGCAACAGCAACAGCAGCAGCCGCGACGGCGACGGCGUCUCCCGCAACGGGACGCGUCCUGCUCACGGCCGCGGCGCUCGGAGAUCUGCGCCUGAGAGUGUGGAGCUCUGCGCGCUGGAGUGUGGAGCUCUGCGCCUGAGACACCAGGGACAGCACCGCGAGCAGCUCCAGCACCAGGGACAGCACCACGAGCAGGAUGCACCGCUCCCCGGGAGGUCACGGACCGCGUCUGAAGGAGGGGCCGGCCGACGGGGCGAGCGGCACGCCGAGGUGCCGGUGUACGUGGUGGCCAACAGCGGGGAGCGCGUGGAGUUGCCGUGCGCGCUGGGCCGGGGAGCGCCGCACGGCUGGCGGAGGAACCACGUACGACUGUCUCCUUCCUCGGCCGACGGCAUCACGGUCGCGAGCGACGGCAGCCACCGCCUCGUCUUUCCCCGCGUGAGCGUCCUGCACGCCGGCACCUACAGCUGCUGCUGUAACAACGCCAGCGGCGGCGGGCAGAGCGUCGCGCUCCUGGUGAGAGUGCCACCGGCCGUGCGCGUCGCGGUGUCGAGCCAGCUGCGACAGCCAGGCCAGCCCGCGGUCCUGACGUGUCACGCCGAUGGGAUCCCACGCCCGCGAAUCACCUGGUUCAAAAAUGGCGAAAAGGUCGUUCCGGAUCCGUAUCACCACGUCAGCCUGCAAGGCGGCGGGCAGGAGCUGCGCAUCGGCCGCGUGCGCUACGAGGACACGGCGGCUUACACCUGCCAGGCGCGCAACCCCGCCGGCACACGGCAGCGAAUCUCCUCUCUCUUCGUCAAGGACCUCCCUUUCAAGCCACGGCCCCCCCCGAGGAGGAACGUGCUCUACGCGUUUGGCGGAGGAGGCGGCUCCGUGUCGCUGCUGGCCCCCGACUCGUGCGACGUCCGACGUCUCGACCUCGGAGCGGAGGGCGCCGCUCCGCACGCGGAGCGGCUCUGCGGAGACGCCGGGGAGUGCCCCUGGGGAUCUGCUGUGGUCGUUGCAAACAAAUUCAUUUUCGUCGCCCAACCGCUGCAGAACCGCGUGGUGGUGGUGGACGUGUUCGCGCAGAAGGCCGUGCAGAUCAUCCCUACGGUGCCGUCGCCUGGGCGCCUGGUGUACGAGGCGGCGAGGGAUCGCGUCUGGGUCCUGAGCGCCGCUCGCAAUCGAUCGGCGGGGCAAUCUCUGCAGGUCAUCCACGAGGCCACCAGCGGUGGCAGCGGCCACGGCAGCGGCCGUGUCAGCGAGACGCUGCCGGGCACCGCCUGCACGUCCCUGGGCGACCUCCACAUCCCCUCGUCCCCCCUCCUCCCCGCGGCACGGUUCGGGCUCCUCGCCUGCUCCCGGCGGCCGCUCCUCUACAAGGUGGACCUGCUGCGCCUGCGGCUGGCGCGGCGCGUGAGCCUCGCGCCCUGGGGCUGCGCGCCGCGCGCCAUCGCCUUCUCGCCGCGCGGCGCGCGCUACGUCGUGGCGUGCGCCGCCGCCGCCCCCGCCGGAGCCGCCGGAGCCGCGAGCCGCCGGCGCCGCGGCGCGCCGUUCCCGCAGCUCGUGCUGGACGGCGUGACGGACGCGGUGGUGGGGCGCAACGGCGGGGCGGCCGGAACGCCCCACGUCUCUCCCGACGGACGCCACGUCGUCAGCGUGGCGAGCGAGCGUUCGUCGCGGCCGUCGCCGCGGACCCGUCGCUCCGGGAGCCCCGAAGCGAGCUCCGCGAAGAGCCGGAGCGCCGGCGGCGGCGCAUCUCGGCCGGCGCCGUGCGAUCCCGACGGCGCGGGUGACUUCGCGCGCACCAACCCACUGCGCGCUUCCUGCGCUCAUCGCUCGGGAAGCAUCGUGCACGUGCAGACCUUGUCCGCCGCGGGGGAAACCGUGGAGUGGUUUGUGUUGCACACGCGGCUGGCCGUCUCUGGGGUGCUGUUCCAGCCAGCGAGGAGGCCCGGGUCCGGCUACAACGUCUACGUCGGACUCAGAGAUCGGCCGGACCUGCUCCUCAUCGAGCCACAAACAGGAAAUUGGAGUUUCAUUUCAACGGGCAAAUUCGUGCGGAAAAACCCAGCGCACGGCCAAAGAACUGCAGGGGUAAACAUAAGGGAGACCGUUGACGCGGGGAAACUCCAGCAGGACCCGUUGAAGCAUUUCUCUCAUUCGUUGCCAGUGCUGGAGGGGUUGAGAAUUGGCCGAGGGGCCGCAGCAGCGAGGCAGACUUUGGCGGCCGAGUGGCAGCUCGUGGACAGUGGCCUGUUUGGGCAGCACCUUCUCCGCUGGGGCCAGAAAAGUCUCCUCGUGCUGGAAGCGGAUCCGUGGAGGGUGAGCUGCUGGCUGUCCUGGAAGGAUGUUCCCGACACCGUCGUCUGGGUUGCAGAAGACUAG